AUGUAUGAGAUUGAUUUGAAUGAUCUUUUAUUGGAAACAGAAAUAUUACAAAAUGAAUUUUAUAAUAUAUUAUUAAUCAUAUCUUCAUCAGAUGAUAAUAAAAAACAAUUAUUAUUUGUUAAAUUACAAAAUUAUUUAUCAACUUUUGUUGAAAUUAAUUUAUAUUUUAAAAAAUCUGAUCAAUGUUUAUCAAUAAUAACUUGUUUAUCUAAUAAAUCAUCAAUAAUAAUAUCAUCUUCAUUUUUUUCAAAUGAUGAUGUUAAUAAGGAUCAUCUAUGUACAGCAGAAGCUGCAUUUGUUGAUGCAAUAUUUAUAAAAAAAACAUGUUGCAUUCAACAGAUAGUUCCAUGCAGUGAUAGUCGAACACCAUUAACAGGUUAUUUUGUUGAACGUCGUUUACAAGGAAGCUCAAGUUGA